AUGGCAUUUACCCAAGCAGCAGCUCUCCUAGAGAAAGUCAUCGGUCACGAUUCAAAUGCUACCACCGAGCAAGACGUGAGCAAUCCCGCUCGCGACCGUCAAAAGUAUGCGGAUCCAAGUGGCGAGACGAUGAAAGCUUUAUGUUGGAUGGGGAAAAAUACCGUUAAGAUACAGGAAGUACCAAAACCAAGAGUAGUCGAGGAUAGAGAUGUCAUUCUCAAAGUCACGGGGAGUACAGUGUGUGGUAGUGAUUUGCAUUUACUUCACGGUUCUAUUGUGGAGUUAGAGAAGGGAGAUAUCCUCGGUCAUGAAUUUUGUGGCGAGGUGGAAUCUUUUGGACCCGGUGUUAAGAAUUUGAAGAAGGGCGAUCGUGUGGUUGCUAGUUUUCAGAUUGCUUGUGGGGAGUGUUACUAUUGUCAGAAGAAACAGUCGUCGCAAUGUGAAAAGACGAGUAGUAAUACCCUCGCGAAUGGAAUGUAUGGAGGGAGAACGGCGGGAAUGUUUGGAUAUUCUCAUUUUACGGGUGGAUUUGCAGGUGGUCAAGCAGAAUAUGUUAGGGUUCCAUACGGAGAUGUGAAUCUUCUUAAACUCCCACCAAAUAUUCCAGAUGAGAAGGGCCUUUUCCUAUCCGACGUUCUUUCAACAUCUUGGAACUGUGUCGUUGACACCGGUGUCGAAAAAGGAGAUGUAGUUGCUAUUUGGGGCGCUGGCCCAGUCGGACAAAUGUGCGCCGAAUUCGCAUUUAUAAACGGUGCAUCACGCGUCAUCCUAAUCGACGGUAACUGGAGAUUAGACUACGUCCAGAGUAAAAUCCCCAAAGUCGAAACCCUCGACUACACCAAACUCCCGCGAGGAACCUCCGUGACCACCAAACUCCGAGAAAUGGUUCCACGCGGUCCAGACGCGUUUACGUAG